AGAAAACAUCUGGUCUCACAACUGUCAAACUAUAAAUAUUAUUCGGUAAAAAAAAAGCGUGUUCCAGCUAAAGGAAGUAGUUUCUAAGGCCUAGGAAAGCUGAUCCAUGAAUGGUUCAGGUAACCUUCUUAAACUGACCGCCCGUGCCUUUACCUCGUUGGGCUUGAAUCUCCGUCAGAGCAGUUGCUGGACCAAAACAGUCGGCGUCAUGGGACCGAGUCCCACUAAUCCUCGUGAUCCUUCUCCCGAAUUAGUAGCCCAGCUGGGAAAGCCGCCAAAAAUGCGAAAGGAUCCAGCUUUUAAAAAGAUUAGCUCUCCCGAAUUCCAAAGCAUAUUUACACCAGAACUAGAGUCCCUUGUUUCGUUGUUCAAAAAGUACGAUUACGAGCUGAGGAUCGCCGGCGGUGCAGUGCGCGACAUUCUGAUGAAUAUGGAGCCGAAAGACAUUGAUUUCGCCACUACAGCCACUCCAAGCCAGAUGAAGGAGAUGUUCGAAAAGGAGGAAGUGAGGAUGAUCAACGCCAAUGGCGAGAAACACGGAACCAUAACACCGCGAAUCAACGACAAGGAGAACUUUGAGGUCACCACUCUACGCAUCGACAUUCGUACCGAUGGCAGGCACGCGGAGGUGGUGUACACCACCGACUGGCAGCUAGAUGCCAAUCGGCGCGACUUAACCAUCAACUCGAUGUUCCUUGGGCUCGACGGCACCGUCUAUGACUACUUUUAUGGCUACGAUGAUCUGCAGGAUCGCCGAGUAGUUUUUGUUGGGGAUGCGGAUAUCCGUAUCAAGGAAGACUACUUACGCAUUCUACGUUACUUCCGUUUCUAUGGACGAAUUGCUAAAGAUUCAAAGAGCCACGACGAAGCUACUCUGCAAGCGGUGAAGGACAAUGCUGCAGGCUUGGCGAGGAUUAGUGGAGAGCGUAUCUGGGCGGAGCUGCAAAAAAUAGUUGUGGGGAACUUUGGAAGCGAUUUGUUGCUGGAGAUGAAUCGCUGUCAUCUCUUCGAGCACAUUGGAUUUCCUGUCAAGCCCAAUUUAGAAGAAUUCGAACGACUCUGCAAAGCUUUGGAAAAGUUUGAAAAGCCGCACUAUCCUAUUCUGUACAUGUCAGGAAUGCUGAACUCCGUAAAUGAUGCGAUGGACAUGCACAAUCGACUCAAGUUAUCCGCCUACGAAAGGGAUCUGGCUUUAUUCAUCACCCAGCAACGAGAAAAGGUGGAUACAGACUACAAAAGUAUUCGAGACUACCAGAAACUCUGCAUUCAACCUAAUGUCAAUAGGGACUAUGUUGAGCAGUUGCUCAAGUAUACAAAUAAACUAGAUUUGUAUCAGCAGCUCAAAUCGUGGCCCAAGCCCACCUUCCCAGUCAACGGCCAUGCUCUCAGUAGUCUUGGUUUGAAAGGAAAAAAAGUUGGACAGGUUAUGAAUGAACUAAAGCUCCAUUGGGCAGACAGUGAUUUCAAAUCAACAUCAGAGGAUCUACUCAAAUUGGUGCCUGAUAUCUUGGCCAAGUUGCCUUCUCCACCCGGCUCGCCAAACAAAAAUAAACGUGCGAAACAGCACUAAUAUUAUACGA